CUAGACUACGUUCAUGACAUGCUAUUCUGAUUUAGUAAUUAACCGGCGUCCGUAUUGCUGAUAUUUCUGAAAUUGUAAAUUCGAGCUGUUCCUGCGUCAAUGCCGCAAAGAGCGUUUUGCAUAAAAUGAGUGUUUUCAGGCGAUUCCUAGGUGGGAAGCGACGGCGGCCAUCUUAGUUGGACGACCCGCGACUGGAAGUGUCCGAUCUAUGCUUUUUACCUCUCGGGGGUCAAGUCUUGUCAGUCAAACUACAUUCAAAGAACGGUUAGAGACUGGAUUUUAGCUGGUAUUUCAUAAUAUCCCACGAUGGAUUCCGACAUUUUAAACAUAGAAGAUAUUGUGAUGGGACGGGCACUUCCAAAUAAACCUCCAGAAAAUCCCCCUGAAAAGAAAGUGCAACCGUACAAGCCCAUCUCUGUAAAUGGACCCCCUGCACCUACUGCUCAACCCUACCAGCAUGAGAAUCUGCAAUGUUUCCAGUGCUUCAUCACAUUCUGCAGUGCCAAAGCCAAAGAGAGACACAUGAAGAAGAGCCACCGCGAAGAGUACAAACAACAACUUCAGCAGGGAAACACGUUGUUCACGUGUUAUGUGUGUGACCGCACGUUUCCGUCAUCUGAGGAACUGACACAGCACCAACCAAUACACAGCAAGGAUGAUAAGCCCUUCAAAUGUGCCCACUGCAAGGAGAGCUUCAAAAUAUUUUCUGAACUCACGACACAUAGGCGGCAGGUGUGUCCAGAGAAGCAACUGCCGUGUAAAGAUUGCAACGAAACCUUCAGGAGUGCCGCGCUGCUGCGGACACAUCGCCUCUCCCAGCACCCCCGUCCCGACGUAGAGACCGUGGAGCAGCCAGACGACUCGGCCAAAAUCCACCGCUGCCAAAAGUGCGGUCAGGGUUUCGAAACAGAGUCAGAGCUGACCGAACAUCAGCAGAAGUAUCCUGAAGGCGAGCAGUGCAACGGCAGUACCACGCCGGUCAAGAAACGUGGACGGCCUGGCAAAAGAGAGGAGGAGGCGGGAGACGCAGACAAAAAGGGAAAGCGGAAAAAGAAAGACGAAGCGGAGGUUUCUGAGGAAGGAGCAGCAAGCAGCAGUUCAGAGCAAAAGGAAGAGGAGAAGGUAAAAGCAGGUGCAACAAAGCGGGGUCGUGCUUCAAAAGCGGCAUCACUGAAUGACACCGAAGACAAGAGCGUUGCUGGUGACGGCAAAGAGACGGCAAAGGAAGAGAAACCCAAAGCGGAGCCUGUGGUGCACCCGUGUCCCGAUUGCGAACUUUCCUUCUCCAGCCUUGUUCAGCUGCGUGCUCACAAGAAAGAAAAACACACCGUCCGCAAGGCCCACCCGUGUGCAGAGUGCGAGGAGAGCUUCGCCCGUCCCGAGCAGUUGGAUGCACACAUGUCACGGGUGCACGUCGUCGGCCGCUUCUCCUGCCCCACCUGCGGCAAGAGCUUUGGCCGCGAGCGCACCCUGAAGGCUCACCAGAAGAGCCACCCUGAGGAGGAGACAGAGAGCCCAAACGCUAAUAGAUAAUAGCGGUGACUGAAGUGUCCUCUUUUGUCUUUUAGCAUCUUGGUUCUCAAGAUGAUGUGUGAAGAAAGGUUUGGAUUUCAAGCUGUAAUCUAACAGACAUCUCAUAUUGACUAGCUAAAUGUUGUCAUUACUGUUAACUGAACAAGGAAUAGUUCAUUUAUAAAAACAUAGGAAGCAUUGAUUCACUUUUAAAGAGGCUUUUGUUUUUAAGUUUUAAAAUGUGUGGUGUGAAUGUCUUAUAUAGUCUUGAUUUAAAGAACUCAUUUUGUGACUAACUGCAAUUUGUCCAGUUAAACAAAAAGAUUGAAUGAAUACAUAUUUUUUAAGCUAUUAGAUUGCAAGUAAAAGAUGCCAUGUUUUACUUUUUGUCAUAACAAUGUACAGCCUCUGGUUCAUCUUAAGAAAUUUUACACUUAAUAUUUACUUCAUGAACCUUUUUAAACUGCCUAAAUGUCCUGCUUUAAAAAACUCCCCAAGGGCUCCACACACAUUCAAUGUGGAGUGGUUGGCAGGUGGAUAAAUUGAACCACUGUAAUCAUGAAUUUUAAUAUGAUUAUAUCUUUUUUUCUUUCCUCUGAUGAGAAUAACCAUGUCAUAGACUUUUCUGAAUUAAAUGUAUUGUUCUAUCAUGUU